AUGAAUAUUGAUCUAAUUAAAGUUAUUGAGAAAAAUUAGAAAAAACUUGAAAUACAUAACCAAAAGUUAUCUUCUUAAGCGAGAGAUAUUUAUGCAUUAGUAUUGGAUUCAAAAUUAAUAGACUAUAAUGUACGCGAAUAGCAAUUUUAAGAGCAGUAGUAUUGAAAGGAGUUAUGUAAGUACAAGAAAAUCAACAAAAUAGAAUUCUGUAGUUCCCAACAAAUCUGAAUUAUCUCGUCUUAUCGAUUCGGUAAGAAUAAAAUAUGACCUUCAAGUCUUCUCCAAUAUCUGUUAAACAAUCACAUAUAGAUCAUAUUGCUUCUGUUAGUCCAAAUAAAGAUGAUUUGACUAGAAUUAGACUAGAAAAUGCUGCAUUGAAAGAAAAAAUUAAUUCAAAAGAUAAGUAGAUUGAUUAAUUGGAUAAAACAAUCAAUGUAUUAAAAAAAGAAAAAGAUCUCAUGACUUAAUAAUAUUAGAAUACAAUUAAUCGAAUCAAUAAAGAAUUAGAAAUUGGAAAAAAAAAUGCACAUAAUGUAGAACAAGCCCUUUAAGAAUAAAUAAAAUUUUUAGAAUAAAGUUUAGAAAAAAAUCAAAAUAAUGAUUUUAGAUUAAAAGAAAUGGAAACUACUAUGUAGAUAACUAUUCUAGAAAAUGAAUAAUUAAAACAAUAAAAAAAAGAGGAUGCUAAAUGGUUAAGGGAAUUAUAGGAAUAAUUUGAAAUAUUUUAUACAAAAAGUUAGGAGACAAAAAAUAAAAUUGAUGAUACUAAACAUUUUAUUCUUCAACUCUCAGAAAUAACUUAAUAUUUAAUAAAUAAAUAAGCACCUCCCUUAGAAUUUUUUGUUCAUAUGAAUAAAUUACAAAAAUAAUCAAAAGUAGAAUCAACUCCACUUCCAAAAGGAAGCUCUAUGAAACUAAUCUUUGCUCAAGUAUUUUCAUUAUAAAUAGAAACUUUAGUAACUUUAAAUUAAAUUCUUAAGGAUACUAAAACUUAAGUAGAAAAAUUUUCUAAUUAAUACAUUUCUUAAGUUGGCUUAUAAUUGGUUUCAUUAUGA